UUUCUGCUUCCGGCUCCGCGUCUGCAGCGGACCUGAGCGAAAACAACAUGCUGUAGCGUCCAAAAAAACCCACCAAAAAAACACCAAAAAAAACACCAAAAACACCGAUGACACCGAUGACACCGCCACCGGGACUCUCCUAACGCCUGCCCGUGUCCACUGUGCUUUCCGCGGGUCCGGAGUGUGUGAAAAAGCGGCGUGACGAUGCAGUUUUCUCCCAAUAAUGGAGACUUUACGUUCGUGUCUUCGGCUGAGGCGGAGGAGCUCAGCGGGACGAUCGUGGCCCCAGAUGUGAAGUUGACCGUGGGCUCGGGUUCGGACUCGGGGAGGGACCCGUACGCCUCAGCGUUUCUACGACAGAGAGGAUACGGCUGGCUCCUGGAGGUGGAGGAGGACGAGAGCGACGACCACAAACCCCUGCUGGAGGAGUUGGACAUCGACCUGAAGGACAUUUAUUAUAAACUUCGUUGUGUCCUGAUGCCCGUCCCGUCUCUCGGGUACAACCGACAGGUCGUCAGGGACAACCCCGACUUCUGGGGACCUCUGGCCGUCGUCCUGCUCUUCUCCAUGAUCUCCAUCUACGGGCAGUUCAGAGUGGUGUCGUGGAUCAUCACCAUUUGGAUUUUUGGUUCUUUAAUCAUUUUCCUUCUGGCUCGAGUUCUCGGGGGAGAAGUUUCUUUCGGUCAGGUUCUGGGGGUGAUCGGUUACUCUCUGCUCCCGCUCAUCGUCAUCGCUCCUCUGCUGCUCUUCAUCGGAGGAUUCGAACUGCUCUCCAUCGUCAUCAAAUUGUUCGGCGUGUUCUGGGCGGCGUACAGUGCGGCGUCUCUUCUCGUCGGGGAUGAGUUCAAAACGAAGAAGCCGCUGCUCAUCUACCCGAUCUUCCUCCUCUACAUCUACUUCCUGUCGCUCUACACCGGAGUCUGACCCGGAACUCAACCAGAACUCAACCAGAACUCAACCAGAACUCAACCAGGACCUAUCCAGGACCAAAAGACUCAUGCCUGGCUCUGACCAAUCACAGCACAGAACCAGGACCACGCCAUAAACACAGCACAGAGGACCAGAUCAGGACUGAACCAGGACUGAACCAGGACUGAACCAGGACUGAACCAGGACUAAACCAGGACUAAACCAGGACUAAACCAGGACUAAACCAGGUCUAAACCAGGUCUAAACCAGGACUAAACCAGGACUAAACCAGAUCUAAACCAGGACUAUAGUUGUAAACUCUGGUCCUCUGUGUGUUUCUGGUUCUGGGGUUUUAUUAUAUUUAAAUUUCUUUUCUGUAAAUAGUUUGUCUUUUGUCAAAAUAAUAAAAAAAAAAGCGCCUGAGCUUUUCCUUUGUGCAAUAAACUUCACUUUAACA